AUGUUCCUCGAGGAUGCGAGAUUGACAGAAGAGAAUAUGAAAAACAAGAUCACGGCUCAGGAGUGGGAAAUUGAAUUGUUGCAGACACGCCUGGAAAAGUCUCACUUACGCUACCAACAAGAGCAGGGUCGUCGAAAGACCGUUGAAUCGGACCUUGCUCUGCUGCAGCAGAAAAAGAACGAAUUCGUUGCCAUCAAAGCUCAGCGUGAUGGUCGAGCGCAAGAGCUGGAGGAUGAGGUUGCUAAACUCCAAGCUCAGGGAGAGCAGCACGGCAUGGAAACCACUAAACUGAAGAACAAGCUUGCAGAAACGCAAUCUAGACUGGAGAAGCUGCAGGAAAAAGGUCGUGGAUACAAGGAUUAUCUCAACAAGGCUAUUGCGGAACACCAGAAGCUUUGGCAGCAAUCCAAGGACAUCAGCCGGAAGGCAAUCGACGACAUGAGGAAGGGACAUCAGAAGUCCGAAGAGGAGUUCCGCUUGGUUUUGCAGGAGAAGCAAAAUGCUCAAGAAAAGCUGAAUCACAUUUUCAAUGACAAAAGAGCAAUCCUCGAGCAAGAGUUGAUUGCCGCUGCCACCAACACCAAAAGCUUGAAGUAUGCCAUGGAAAGACUCGAGGGCGACUUGCGCGCCGAGGCAGACAGAACCAAAGGUUUGGAGGAACAGCUCAGCGAGAGCAGAGACCAGGAAAUCUUGUUGCAGCGGGUCGAAGGGAACAUCGAGCAGAUUUUUGACAAACUAGACGAAAUACACGUCAAAUCAAUGCAGGAAAACAUUGUGCCAAUCAGUAUCACGGAAAGGUUGGAUGAGAUUGGGGGAUACGUGCAAUCGGCACCACGAGUGGAUGUUGAGGACGAGAUCCGUCAAGCCCUUAAGACCUUCCAGGGAGAUGUGGUUUUACAGUUUCGUCAAGAGGUGAAGAGUAUGAUGGCUGAACGAUCCGUCGUUGAAGAUAGGCUUCAAAGUCUCGAGAAGAGCAUCCAGGAUCAUACGGCACUCGCCCAAACAGAACGUAACGAACAGCAACAGCAACUACUGCAGGAAAUUUCCGAGAAAAACAAAGAAACCCAGGGCCUCUUUCAGACUAUCCAGUCGAAGGAUGACCAAGUGACGAAAAUGACCAAUACUGUUUCUGAGCUGGCUCGCACGCUCCAAGAACUGAAGACAUCCACGGUACUUGCUUCGCAGAAUGCAACAGCCUCAGAAGUAAAGCUUCAGGUAUUGGAGGAAAGCUUGCUCAAACGGGAGCUUCAAGUCUCUGAUACACAAGCCGAGCUCAAACUUCAGCGAGAAGGUCAUGAGGCGAUGCUUCGAGAGCUCCGGGAGAGGCUCCUACUUGCCGAGGAAGACGUUCGCCAAAAAAGCGAACAACUAAAGGACUCGCAGUGUAAGAUGGCAACCGCAGAAAAUGACUUCGCUACUGUGGUACAGGAGAAGCAACGAGAGUUGGAGCUUCAAAUGAGAUACUCUGAAGACUCUCGACAGAUCAUCCAGCAGCAGUUGUGUGAGAGUGAAGCAGAGGUCAAGCGUCUGAAGGCAUUGGAAGACGACUCUGAAGCAUCGAGACUUCGGAAGGAACUCAAUGAUGCUAAUCAAAGGAUCACCAACCUGACUCUUAAGAUCCGCGAAACCCAGACACCGGCUGUCGGCGAUGAUCUUCUUGACCAGCUGGCUGAACAGCUUGCCCAACUGAAAAACAUGAAAGAUGAUAUCAGGCAGCUCAAGGAAAGCGGCAAGACCUACACAGCGGUCAACAAAGAGCUUGCAACGAUGCUCCUUGAAGUGGAUGCCGCAGAGAGCAACGACAUACUGGCUCCUGACAGUCUGGUGGUGCCAGAGCCGGACCUUCCCCAGUUGCAACCAGGUGAUUCAGUCGACCCACUGACAAACUUCGAGUUCACAUCCUCUGAUAUUGCGCUUGUACAAAGAGGCAAGAAGACUGUGUUUCGUAGACCUGUCGAGGAGCCGGAUCACGAGGUGCCUGUACCUUCAGUCGCGCAGGAGAAACUUCAACGGAGGGAAGCAAGAAGCCAUGAAGCCCAUCCCAGACCAAUCCUUCGUCAGCAAAAAAUGGCUGCAUGGUCAUCAAGUGCUACCAGAGAGCCUAUGGUCACCCAGCAUGCCGGGCACUCUUUGUAUAAUCGCCCUGUUCAGAGUACGUCCAGGACUGGCCAAACUGCCAUCUCAGAUGUCAGAUCUAACCUUGUGGGUAAUCGUAAAAGCCAAGUCUCCGAUUUGACCAGUCAUGGUGUUUGGCAAAAGAUACCAGAGCAGGAAAUUCAGAGCGGCAAGCAAGGAACCAAGAGGAGCAGCAGUGUUCCACCAUUCUCUCGACGCCCGAAACGUUCGAAGAUCAGCUUUCCUGUAGAUGAUAAGGAUGACGAACCUUCAGUAGUUGGAGGACGCAGCAUUGUCAAUCCUCAGCAGAUCGAUUUGUCGCAGCAAAGCGAGAGAGACAACACUCAAGCCUCCCAAGAACAGUCCAAGGACAGCGACCACACCUCACGUCACUUCCACCAGAGUAUGCAUAAGUCGGACGCUGAUUCAGUCCCCCAGGAGAACAUAGGGCGCGAUGGAGACUCGCAGCAGAAGCAGCAGCGACCCAAGGUACGAAGCAGUACUAGAAUUUGUUUGAAAAGGGCCCCUUCGCAGCGCGAUACCGACUUAAGCAAGGUAUGA